GAUGGGUAACAGGGGACAGGGACAGGGUGGUAAUGACGAAAGUGGCAUGUGGGGGGCAAGGGCAGGCCCGCCUCUGGAGCUGCAGCUUGCAUAUGACAAACUUUCGUCCCUCGUGUAGCGCCUUUCUUCUUAUGCACUCGUUCAUUCGUGAGGGGCAUAUUAAACAUUCUGUUCUGGAACGAUACACUAUCAGCUCUUCUGCAAUUCAUCAUCAUCGUCAACGACGACUUACAACGACCGAUCCACUAGUCAAUAUUAUUGUAUCCGCCAUUCUACUACCUUUUACUUGACCCGCGAUCAUGGUCCCUGCAGCAGACACACACGAGACCAUGAAAGGUGCUGGUGUACCCACAACCUCCGACGCAGGCUCGUACCCGUCUGCUGAGACAGCACAUAAACCUACAGAUGCAAAAGGCUGGGAUGGGAAGCUGAGGCUGAACAAAACCGACUUGAGAGGGGGAGAUGGUGCGGGCUUUGUGGACCCGGAAGCAGAAAGUGAGCCGGAGGACAGUGAUGAGGAGGAGGGAAACGCAGAAAGAGAUGCUUCAGAGGGCAGAAUAGUCAACGUGCAAGAAGGCACGCCGAUGGAAGGCGAGGCGAUCAAUGCUGACGAAGACUUGCUAGAGGAAGAAGAUCUAGAAGAGGAUGAUAUCAACCUUGUACACUGUCGUGUGAAGUCAAUACCUGCUCUAAGACUAGAACGGUUCAAGAAGAUCGAGCGACUAUGCCUGAGACAAAAUCAGAUAUCCACAAUCGAGUUUCCAGAGGAUUUGGGAAAGACAUUGACAGAGCUUGACUUAUACGAUAAUGCAGUCGCACAUAUCAAAGGUCUAGACGCCCUCACAAAGCUUACUUCGUUGGAUCUGAGCUUCAACAAGAUCAAGCACAUCAAGAGACUCGAGCACCUUAUUGAGCUCCGAGAUCUCUACUUCGUACAGAAUAAAAUCCAGACCAUAGAAGGCCUAUCAACGCUUACAAAACUCCGCAACCUCGAGCUGGGCGCGAAUCGCAUCCGCGAGAUUCAAGGCCUGAAGACCUUGACUGCCCUAGAAGAACUGUGGCUCGGCAAAAACAAAAUUACCCAAAUUCGCGGUCUCGACACGCUCACAAACCUCACAAUUCUCUCUAUCCAAUCAAACCGCCUUACCAGUAUAUCCGGUAUCUCGCAUCUUGCAUCUCUUGAACAACUCCACAUCUCGCACAACGCACUCACCUCUCUUUCUGGCAUCGAAAACAACACCAACCUCCGCACACUAGACAUUUCCAAUAACCCAAUCACAUCACUCGCGGGUCUGAAGCCCCUGGUCCAUCUCGAGGAGCUAUGGGCCAGCUACUGCAAGAUCGACGACUUCAAAGAUAUCGAACAAGAACUGAACCACUCUCAGGAACUGACGACGGUCUACUUUGAGGGCAAUCCUGUGCAGUUGCGUGAUCCGGCGCAUUACCGUUUGAAAGUCAAGCUAGCGCUACCACGGAUCAUGCAGAUUGAUGCCACAAUGAUACGAUGAGGAUGUACCGUCCAGAGUGAACAUGGCAUGAGUUUGACGAGUAAUGCACGACGAUGCAUGACGCGGGCGUUUUUGACUGGCAGCGUAGAGUUUAGAUGUGUGGGUGUUCAUGAUUAACACGUGUGUCCGUGUAUGUUAUACAUACACACAGCAUAUAGCAUAUAGCAUGUCGUAUAUUCUCGCCCAGCGCCACUAGUAAUACAUACUACCUACAUAGAACUAAAAAAACAUAGGUCCAGAUCUAGCUAGAGCUAAGAAUAUUACUUUACGUCAGAGAGAGGGAGAGGACUGCUAGUACCCCUUCAAAUCUUCC